AGGAAAGGAGACUCCUGCCUUGGCAUUAACCCUAAGAAGCAGUGCAUAUCUUGGGAAGGAGCUCCCACAGAAAAGAAGCAUUCACACAAGCACGUGGAACGCUAUUUUACGAAGAAAAAUGUGGGAUUGAUGAGUGUUGACGGAGUUGCCAUUAGCAGUCAUACCCAACCUCCCUCAUCUGAGCCAGUCAUGUUUAUACCAGUGACGGACUCACAUGACGUGGCUCCUGUCAUAACCUGGCUGAACCCUCUGGGGAUUUAUGACCGUUCCACCACACAGUGGUUACAAGGACAGGGCCCUUCAGAGCAAGAGCCAAAGCCUGCAGACUCACAACAGGACAGAGAGAAUGCCAUCCUCAAGGCCAGGGUGGAGGAGUUUAACAGGAAGGUUCGAGAGAACCCUUGGGAUACACAGCUGUGGAUGGAGUUUGUCGCUUUUCAGGACGAGGUCCUGCGAAGGCCUGGCCUGUACUCCCUGGAGGAUGGAGAGCCUGAGAAGCAGAAGCGGUCGCUGAAGCUUGUCCUGGAGAAGAAGCUGGCCAUUCUGGAGCGGGCCAUCACCAGCAACCAGAGCAGCGUGGACCUGAAGCUCGCCAGGCUAAAGGUCUGCGCGGAGCUGUGGGAGCCCGCCACACUGGCCAGAGAGUGGCAGAAGCUCAUCUUCUUGCACCCCAACAACACAGGCCUUUGGCAGAAAUACCUUCUGUUUUGCCAGAGCCAAUUUAGCACCUUUUCAGUAUCAAAAAUUCACAACCUGUAUGGAAAAUGCUUGAGUACUUUGUCUUCCGUUAAGGACGGCAGCAUCUUGUCUCACCCCGUGUUGCCUGGCACCGAAGAGGACAUGUUUGCACUCUUUCUGCAGCAGUGCCACUUUCUGCGGCAGGCCGGCCACUCGGAGAAGGCGGUCUCUUUGUUCCAGGCCAUGGUUGACUUCACCUUCUUCAAACCUGACAGUGUGAAAGAUCUGCCUACCAAAGGACAGGUGGAAUUCUUUGAGCCCUUCUGGGACAGUGGCGAGCCCCGGGCCGGGGAGAAGGGAGCCCGAGGCUGGAGGGCAUGGAUGCAUCAGCAGGAGCAGGGCGGCUGGGUGGUCGUCAGCCCAGAUGAGGAUGACAAUGAACCAGAAGAAGAUGACCAGGAAAUAAGAGAUAAGACCCUGCCCAGGUGUCAGAUCUGGCUCGGUGCUGAGCGUUCCCGAGACCGGAGGCACUGGCGCCCCUGGCGCCCCGAUAAGGCCAAGAAGCAAACCGAGGAAGACUGCGAGGAUCCAGAGAGGCAGGUCCUGUUUGAUGAUAUCGGACAGUCUCUGAUCAGACUCUGCAGCCGGGAGCUUCAGUUUCAGCUGGUUGGAGCCUUCCUGCAGUUCUUGGGCGUGCCUUGUGCCUUUUCUCCUCCGGCCUCCUGCAGGUACCUGGUCAUGGACGAGAACAGCAUCUUUGAUAGUGGACUUGUUGAUGAAAACCCCCUGACUUGUCUCGCCCCUCCAUUCUCCGGCGUGAGCUGUGUUGGCCACAUGGAGCAGUUAGGCUGUCCUCGUGGGACCAGGGGGCACGGCCGAGAGGGUGAGGAGUUCAUCCGCAACGUCUUCCAGCUGCUGCUGCCUCUGUUUUCAGGCCAAGAGAAGACCCGGCUCUGCUGCUCCUGGUUACAGCACGAGGCAGCAAAGGUCAUUGGGUGUCUGAACACUAAAAACAAGAAGAAAUUAAAGUCACAAGGAAAGAACUGCAAAAAACUAGCCAGGAAUCUCCUUAAGGAGCCAGAAAACUGUAGCAGUGUUUGCCUCUGGAAGCAGUAUGCACAUCUGGAGUGGUUGCUGGGCAACACAGAGGAUGCCAGGAAGGUUUUCGACACGGCCCUCAGCAUGGCGGGAGCCAGCGAGCUGAAGGAUGGCGAGCUGUGCGAGCUUGGUCUGCUCUAUGCGGAGCUGGAGGUGGAGGUGCUGUGGGACCUGAGCGGGGCUGCCACGUCCAGAGCGGUCCACGUGCUCACCAGCCUGACUGAGGCCACUCCCUACAGGCCCUACACCGGGCAGGUCUUGGCCGUUCACAUCCUGAAGGCCCGGAAGGCUUACGAGCAUGCACUGCAGGGCUGCUUGGAUGAAAGCUGGGGUUCGGGCCCAGCCCCCAGCAGCUCCUCUAACCGCCUGAUCAGCGUGGUCAAGUGCUUUAUGCUCUUCCAGUACUUGACCACGGGCAUUGAUGGGGCCGUGCGGGUAUACCAGCAGGUAUUUGCAAAACUGAAGGGCUCUGUGUGCCCCGAGGGCUCUGGGCUGGAGGACAGCGGCAGCCCCGGGAGCGUGGCCCAUGCUCUUGAAGCUGUCACACUGAUGCACACUGGUCUGCUCCGGUUCCACAUGAAGGUUAGCAUUUACCCCCUGGCUCCUCUGCGAGAGGCACUGUCCGAGGCUUUGAAGCUGUAUCCGGGCAACCAGCUUCUCUGGAGGUCAUAUGUUCAGAUUCAGAAUAAGUCCCACAGUGCCAGCAAGACCAGAAGGUUCUUUGACGCAGUCACCAGAUCUACCAAAUCCUUGGAGCCUUGGUUGUUUGCAAUUGAAACCGAGAAAAUGAGGAAAAGACUGGUGGAAGCUGUUCAGAGGGCAGAAGGUGGAGACAUACAUGCCACCCUUCCUGAGAGCGGCUUGAGCAACCGAAUCAAAGCCCUGUUUGAACACGCGGUCCGGACUGACGGGGGUGCCCAGUGCCCCUUGCUGUGGAGGAUGUACUUGAGUUUCUUGGUAGAGUGA